CUCAUGCUCCAGCCUGUUUACUUCUGGAUCCUGGAACCUCCGGCUCACUUUCACUCCCUGCCUUGCCAUGGAUCUGAAGAAGUGUACCCGCUAUGUGGGGCUCUCCCUUAUAUCUCUUUCCCUAGUCUGCAUCGUGGCCAAUUCCCUCCUACUGGUGCCUGAUGGGAAGACCUGGAGCAGUGACCAACUCAGCUUGCAUGUCUUGAUCCUGCCUGGCUUCAUCGGCGGGGGAUUGAUGGUGCUGUGGUCGGGAAUCGUAGCAGCUCUGGCAGCGGUUGCACAUCCAGACUGGAUUCCACAUUCCUUCUUGUGCUCGAUCUUCGGAAUGCUUGGUGCCAUCUACUGCCUCUCCGUGUCAGGAGUCGGCCUCAGAAUUGGACCCAAAUGCUUCAUAAACGGCGAGUGGGACUACCACUUCCAAGAACCCGAAGGCGCUUACUUGAAGUACAAUGCUUACUGGAAUUUGUGCGAGGAGCCACUCACAGUGGUGCCCUGGAAUGUGACGCUGCUCUCGUUGCUAGUGGUUGCCUCCUGCCUGGAGAUCGUGCUGUGUGGCGUGUACCUGGUGAACGCUAUUAUUUUAUCAUUUGAUUGAAAGUACAUGAAAGCGAAUACAAAAAGAAAAAGAAAAAUGGAGGGAGUGAUGCUUUUAUUCAGUUCCAGAGAGGCACAUCUGGGGAAUGGGGUGGGGGACAUCAGGUCAUCAUGAGGAUCUGGGUUUUAUAAAUUUUUAGCUGCCUAGGUCAUGGGAGGUAUCACAUCAGGCAAGGCAGGCAGCAACCAAAGGAGGCAGAUUUAAAAGAGCCGCUGAAGGAGGCUUUAUUGAGAUAUCACUCCCCGGCGGAACUCGAUCAGACCCACAGAGUGGACAGGGGAAGGGUCUGAGGAGAAACCGUGUGGAAGCUUGACCAGACUGGACUUUUAUGGGGCUUACAGCAGGAAGGGAAGGGCUUGGGACAGGAAAAGGUGUUUUUAGGGUCCCUUGCCCCCCUGAAGGUGGUCAGGGGAGUUGGCUGAACUCCAGGAUUGGCCAGGGGGUCCUGCUGAUGAACAGGCUUUAGUCAGGAGAUCUGGCUGAUUGACAGGUGUUUCCGUUGGCAUCUGAUUGAUGUUCUUUUCCCAAUUGGGCUGCUUUGUUCUAAGUCGCCACCACCAACCUAACAGGAGGAGUUACUUUUGGCAGGCCCCUUUGGUGGCCAGGUAAUGGGAGGAGUUUAGAGUGGGGCUGGAGGACAGGUAGGUAACCAUAUUCUUCAUUGUCCACUUCACGUUUUGAAUGUAGCCUUCCUUGCUCUGAAGCCUCACUGUCUUUCUCUUUUCCGAAGGGCUCUCUGCUCACUGAGCCUCCACUGACUGCCAGGUUAUACCUGCUUUCUCCUGGACCCCUUCCCUGGCCCGCCCACUCCCUGGCUCACUGGAAUAAAAGGGAUGUUUUUCUUUUCCUCUACCUCUCCCCCUCCCUAACCUGGGGGAAUGGGGGUGAGGAGAAGUACUUGUCUGCCGGAGGUUCUAGGAAGUGAAUAUCUCCCAAAUUAACAAGGAAAUCCUAACACACUAUCUGGACUCCUGGGACACCCCCCACCCCAAUCAAGGCACACUUGGAAUGUAGCCCUUUGAAGAGCCUCUUAAAAGCCCUCUGUUUUCCCUGAUGGGCAGUUCAUAGCCUCUGGGACAGGACUCCCCUGUGUUUCUCCUUCACUAGCAAAGCAAUAAAAUUACUUUUACUUUUUUCUCAAAACUGUUAAAUUGGCACUGGGGACAAGGACCAAGUUUUUGGUUAUAUUAUUGGUGUCAUUUGUGAGAACUGGAGGAAAAAGGAGGUGGGACAGCAUGAGGUGGAGUUGUGGAGGGACCUGCUUGCUCCUGGCUAGGUCCUCACUGUAAGACUAGAAAACACUGCACCACACGACACAGAUUACCAAAGAGGUCUCACUUUAUUACAAAUGGCUGUGUGUUUAUAUAGGUCUAAGAGAGGUAGCAGGGGCUGAGGUAGAUAACAGGUCGCUCAUUUAUUGGCAAGCUCUUCCAUAUGUCAGUUCCGGGGCCCAAGAAGUUAAUUCUAAUUGGGGCUAAGGCUUCCUACCAGUAGGGUUUGAACACUGGCGCCGGCGGGAAAGAAACAAAGAAGAGAAGGAGGGUCGAGGGUCGUUUGACGCCCACUCCCUGGCUCACUGGAAUAAACUGGUUUUGUUUGUUUGUUUUUUGAGAGAG